AUGCCGUCUGCUUGGUUGCCUUUUGCAGAGGUGGUUCAGCUCAGCCUGCCAGAGGAGCAGAGGGUCAGCGUGAGCACCAUCACCGUCGGCCUGAGCACCGUGCUCACGUGCGGCAUCCGCGGGGCCCUGCGGCCGCCCAUCAUCUGGAAGCGCAACGGAGUCGUCCUCAACUUCCUCGACUUGGAAGACAUCAACGAUUUUGGAGAGGACGAUUCCCUCUACAUCGCCAAGGUAACGACUAUUCACAUGGGCAAUUACACCUGCCAUGCCUACGGCUACGAAGGGCUGUAUCAGACCCACGUCCUGCAGGUGAAUGUGCCGCCGGUGAUCCGCGUGUACCCCGAGACGCAGGCGCAGGAGCCCGGCGUGUCGGCCAGCCUGCGGUGCCAUGCCGAGGGCAUUCCCAAUCCCCGCAUUUCCUGGCUCAAGAACGGCGUGGACAUCCCGCCAAAGCUCUCCAAGCAGCUCGCGCUCUUAGCCAAUGGAAGUGAACUUCAUAUCAGUAGUGUUCGAUAUGAAGACACGGGUGCCUACACCUGCAUUGCUAAAAAUGAAGUGGGAGUGGAUGAGGACAUAUCUUCACUCUUCAUAGAAGACUCGGCCAGAAAGACCCGCCUCAGCGUUGGGAACGUGUUCUACAUCUUCUCCGACGACGGGAUCACAGUCCUUCAGCCCAACGAAUGCGAAAUCCGGAGGCACAUCCGGCCGGAGGAGAGGAUUUUCACCAGUUAUGAAGAGAUCUGCCCCAGAGGUGAAGGGGAGGAUGCUCAAUCCUGCCUCUGGGCUUCUGCAGUGAAUGUCAGAGACAAGUACAUCUAUGCAGCACAGCCGAAGCAGAACAGAGUCGUGAUCAUCGAUACCCAGUUGCAGAAAGCAAUGCAGUCCUUGGAUGUUGACCCAUUACCAGCCAAAUUGCAUUAUGACAAGUCCCACGAUCAAGUGUGGGUGCUUAGCUGGGGUGACAUGCAGAAGUCCUCGCCAACACUGCAGGUAAUACCGGAGGCAAGCGCCGGGGAGGAGCAGCACGUUGUCCGCACACCAUUUGAAGGAGUGGAUGAUUUUUUUAUACCCCCGACAAAUCUCAUUAUUAAUCACGUCAGAUUUGGCUUCCUCUUUCCCAAAUCGAAAUCCGCAGUUCACAAGAUCGACCUGGAAACCGUGACCCACCUCAAGACUCUGGACCUCAGGAGCUCCGGGUGCGUGCCAAAGGCCAUGGCUUACACCCACCUGGGCGGCUACUUCUUCGUGCAGUGCCACCGACGCACGUCCUCGGUGUCCCAGCUCAUCAUCGACAGCGUCACCGACUCCGUCGUCGGCCCCAACGGCGACGUCUCGGGCACCCCUCACAUUUCACCGGACGGCCGCUAUUUGGUCAGCGCGGAUGAAGACAGCGGUAGGAUCAAAGUCCAGGCUAUAACUGUCCGAGGGGAAAUCAAGUUGAUUUACGACUUACAAACAAACGUACACGUAUCAGAUCUGACAUUUCAACCCUCCUUCACCGAAGGCAAUCAGUACUAUAUAUAUGCUACUUCACAUUUGCAAACAGAUGUGCUUUUUGUAGAGCUGUCAACAGGCAAAAUGAAUGUACUGAAGAAUUUAAAGGACCCUAUCACAUCCAAAGACUGGCCCUGGAGCAGCUACAACAGAAUUAUGAAAGACAGUGGGUUGUUUGGACAGUAUCUCAUUACACCAGCUAAAGAUUCACUGUUUGUUAUUAAUGGGAGACAAAACACAUUACGCUGUGAGGUUUCAGGUAUAAGGAGGGGUAACACAGUGGUCUGGGUUGGAGAAGUAUGAAAGGGCAAUAAGAGUAGCACCUGCAGCAGGCAAGUACCGGUUGGACCUUUACACUGCAACAAAUGAGCAGUAGCAUUGUAUAUUUUUACACUGGGGGAAAAAAAACAA